AUCUACUCGACCUCAUCAGAUCUCUUGCUGUUACAGCUCUCACACCUCGACCUCAACCCUCCUCCUCACUACCACCACCACCACCACAACCACCACCUUCCUUCCAUCUAACAAUGUCCGCCCCCGUCGAGGAGACCAAGCCCGUCGUUGUUGCCGCCGAGGCCCCUACCGCCGUCGUGGCCCCCGUUGAGGUUGCCGAGGCCAAGCCCGAGGUUGCCGCUCCCCCCGUCGUCGAGGCCGCUCCCGAGGCCCCUGCUGCUGCCCCUGCCACUGAGGCUGCUGCCCCCGCCGUCGAGGCUCCUGCCGCUGAGGCCACCGAGGCUGCCAAGCCCGCUGAGGAGUCCGCCGCCGCUGUCGUCGCGGCCGAGGACAAGCCCGCUGCCGAGGACAAGGUUGAGAAGAAGAAGGUCAAGGCGGACAAGCCCUCGUUCUUCUCCAAGCUCCUCCACAACUUCAAGGACAAGAAGGAGAAGAAGCCCGCCCCUGCCACCAAGGCUGUGGACGCUGCUCCUGCCGAGCCCGCCGCCGAGGCUCCCAAGCCCGAGGAGGCCCCUGUCCCCGUUGUUGAGGCGCCCAAGGUCGAGGAGGCUGCUCCUGCCGCCCCGGAGCCCGUUGUCCCUGCCCCCGCUGAGCCCGUGGCUGUCCCUGCCGCUCAGCCUGCCGCCGCCGCCGUCGAGGCCCCCAAGGAGGCUGAGGUCAAGCCCGUCGAGGGCUCUUCUCCCGAGAAGGAGGCCGCCGCCAAGGCUCUGAAGGCUGGUCGCCGUCUCUCGGCUCGCUUCACCGGCUUCUUCAAGCCCAAGGAGCACCACAAGAAGGAGACCUCGCCCGCCAAGGAGGAGGCGCCCAAGGAGGAGAUCGCCCCUGCUGCCCCCGUCACCGAGGACGCCCCGAAGAUUGAGGAGCCCACUCCCGCGGAGCCCAUCCAGAUCGAGGCCCCUAAGCCGGCCGCACCACCCGCUGCGCCUGCUGUCGCCGCCGCGGCUUAGAGUUAUGAUUGAGCGAGUUUGGACCUGUGUAUAAAUGCCUUAAAAUCUCUUCACCUUAAUACACCCACAUAGGGGUGUCCGUAUUCGCCAUCACCCUCCACUCCCCUACCGCAACUUGACGCACGCACCGUGGCCCUUGCUUCUCGUUGCCUUGGCAGCGUGGAAUACUAGUCACCUAAUAGCCCCAUGCAUGAGUGUUUUAUGAGGA